CUCAGAAGCUUUUCGUCAUCUCAGAAUAUUAUUUUCUAAAAUAAUCAAAACAAAAUUUUAUAUCACAAUUUUCAAUCAUUAUUCGAGCAUAAUGGCUGAAUGCCGCUUCUGUUCAAGGAAAAUUAACGAAAAUCAUCAGACCAUAAACGACGAAAUUAAGAUUUACUUUACAAAUAUCACUCAAAUUAACUUACUCGAUUAUGAAAUGUGCUCGAAACAUGUCUGUGAAUUAUGUCUAAGGACACUACAAUUGGCAAAUGCUCUGCGAGUACAAUUAUUGGAAAAUGAACAAAGACUUUAUGACCUAAUUGAAAAAGAUGGAGAAAUUGUGGAACCAGAAUCGCCAAUACAGGCAUUCGAGCCUCAAUUCCGAUAUAUGAAUCAGUCCAAGAUACAACAAAAUACACAUCCAAUCAGUGAUAUUAAUUUAAAUGACAGUAUGGACUAUGAAAGUUCAGAAUAUUCAUUGCCAGCGUACCAAAAUCAGUCAUCCAUUACAUCAGCUGUGAACCAAAACACGAAUAGUUCUGAUCAUAAAAUCUUGAAUCAAUUACUUAGUAAACCCGUUAAUCAAAUUAAUGUUACGGAACCGCCUCCUUUAGCAAAAAUCCCAAUUUCUAAACCAUCAAAAAGACUUAAAUUGAGUGCUGAUGAGGAUGAAGAGGUAGUGAAAGUGAAACAGGAAAAGAGCUUUGAAGAAAAUAGUAUAAUUAAGGAACAAGACUUUCACGAUCCAAAUCCGAUUGAUCAAUUACUAUACUUCCCAGUCAAAAUUGAAGAAUCAAGCAGUCAAGAGGCUAUCAAAGAGACUAAGGAAGGCAUGUCAACAAGAGGAAGCACCAAAUUAGGAAAGAUUCAGGUAUGCAAGGAAUUUGGAACAUUUCAAGACCAAGAAAAGGAAAUAGCACCAGUUAAGAAACCCAGAUGGACGAACGCAUGUCGAGGUUCAGAAAAAGUAUUCUUUAAAAAUACAGAAACAAAUACAUUCGAUUGCCUUUACUGCAGUUUUACAACAGAUUCUCAACACGUCAUUAAGCAGCACUUGAUUAAUGAACAUCAAACUGAAAUUCCUACUUAUAAAUGUCCACAUUGCGAUAGCACUUAUUUUAAGGGAUCAAAUCUUAAAAGACAUAUUUUAGCUAAGCACAUGAAUCAGCGAUAUGUAUGUACUUAUUCGAAUUGCACAAACUUGUUUCGGGAUAGAUCGGCACUAAGACGACAUUUAGGUUCCACACAUGGAAAAUUACAGACCUAUGAAAUCGAUGAAUUGGUUAAAAAGGCUAGAAUUAUUUCAGUGAAUAGUGAGGAGUCGUCACUUCCUGAUAGUCAGAACUUUUUGCCACGACAGAGCAUCUAGAUACUAGAUACCAUUAGGAUGUAAUUUUUCAUCUAUAUAAGUAUUAAGCUUAUAUAAAUAUGUUAGUUCAAAAUUCUAUUUAUUCAUCCUCACUUGAUCUAAUUUAACGCAUUGUUCAAAUUUAAAUUUUAACGGUAUUCAAAAAUUUGAAAAAUUCAACGAGCUUAAAAUUUUGAAAACCGUUAAAUUCAAAUUGAAAAUAACGGUUUUCAAAAAAGAUCCAGAUCCGGAUCCAGCAACUUAAAAUUUAUGCAAAAAUCAUUGUGUAUGUUUACGUUUCUUCAUUAAAUCAUCUCGGUAUUGAAUCAAAAUAUUAGAAAAAAUCUCAAACAUUUAAAUUAUUUUAUUUUUAAUAAAGAAAAUCACAAAAUUGAUUAAAAUCUUAAUUAUGAGUGAGAACUGUCGAUUUUGCUUGAAAAUUCUUGAUUUUACAGAGAAAUUUCAUGAAAUCAAUAAUGACAUUAAGUAUGACUUUAAAAAUGUCACUCAAAUGGAACUGCUUACAUCUGAAUGCUAUAUAAAUAUUGUUUGUGAAUUAUGCUUACGGUCUCUUCAGCUAGCUAGUACUCUUAAGAAGCAGUUGAUUGAGAAUCAAGAGAAAUUCUAUAAAGAUUAUGAAUAUGCCACAAAAUUUGAUGAUGACUUCCAGCAGCCAACAAAAAGAAGCAGAAAGAGGAAAAGCAGGACAUCACAAGUUAGUGAAGAUGAAAAAGCUAUUGAUAUGAGUAGUGUGGCAUCAAUUAAGCAAGAGAAUCCGCUAGAAAAUGCAGUAAUUAUUGAUUUACAGCCACUUAAUCAAGAUCCAGAAAGUUUUGUAUGUAAAAUUUGUAAUAAGCCAUUUAAGAAUAAAUUAAGGCUACGGAAGCACAAAAUUACUCACUCGACAGAUAAGAAGAUUGUGUGUACAGCAUGUGGAAAGAAAUUUAAGAGAAAUGAAAAUUUAAAGGCACAUAUGCUGCAUCACGAAGAUCCCAAAUUCCAGUGUGACGUCUGCGGACGGUAUUAUUUCGAUAAAUCAUCCCUACAUCAUCAUAUUAAGAGUAAUCACUUACAAACUAGAGAUUAUCAUUGUCAGUAUUGUUCCAAAUCGUAUUUUAAAAUAAGUAAUUUAAAUCGACACAUCCUGUCUAUCCAUCAGAACCAAAAGUUCCUUUGUGGCGUUGAAACAUGUGGAAAGGCAUUUAAUUACAAGCAUCAUUGCAAAAUUCAUAUCACGAGGAUGCACAGAAGUGUAAAAUUUGAGGAUAUUGAAGGACUUAUCAAGUAUAAUCUCACAAAACCAUUUUUGCCGCCUCCUGCAUCAGAAUAGUUGAUAGAUGAAGACAUAAAUGAUUUUAACUGAAUUAUGUAAAUUGAAUAAAGGUUGAAUUUUAACAAUCAUA